AUGCGGAUACUCAUCAUCAACCCAAAUUCAACCAAGGACAUCACCCGCACCCUUGUUGCGGCCCUCCCGCGCUACGAAGGCGUCCUCCUGCACACCCUCGACGCGCCCGUCCCUGCACCUGCAGCGAUUCAGUCGGCCGUGACUUCUAUUGCGAGUGCCUUCUACUCCUUCAAAGCCAUCCUACCGACCCUCGCAGAGUAUGAUGGGUUUCUGGUCUGUUGCUAUAGCGCGCACCCGCUCGUUGAGAUGCUGAGGGAAUCGACCACUGCGCCCGUUGUUGGCAUCAUGCAAGCAAGUCUCGUCACUGGCCUGCAGCUGGGCAAUAAAGUCGGUAUCGUCACCACGGCAGAACGCUGGCAACCACUCCUGACCAAUGCCGUCGCAAGUCUAGGAUUCGACACGGCGCGCGUGCAAGUCAGCACAACAGGUCUCGGUGUCCUGGAUCUCCAUGCGAAACCACAGACAGAAGUGCAUGCGCUCGUUGCAGCGCGUGCUUUGGAACUUGUACGGGAUGGGUGUGAGGUGAUUGCAUUGGGUUGUGCAGGGAUGACGGGGCUGGAGCGAGCCGUGACAGAGGCAGUUGGGCCGGGGGUGCCUGUGGUGGAUGGUGUUGCUGCUGGGUAUGAACAGCUGCUUGCGCUGUGUCGGAUGAAGCUGCAGACGAGCAAGGCCUUGUUGUAUGCUUGA